CGUGACCUCCUGCAAUCGAUGCUACAAAAUGGUUAUUCCGAUAGUAUUGCCAAGUUUCUUUGACUUCCUGAUUUAGUUAAUCAAUAGAUGAAUUGACUUCCUCCGGAUUACGAGCGCCGAUGUCAGACAGUGCCAUGUCAAAACCUCAGUAUGCCGUCGGAUUUCAUUUCGUCGUUAGCACGCCCACCCAGACCCAGGACAAGCACGUUCGGAGAGCCAUUAGGAGUCAUGCGACAAAGGCCGGUGGUGGAGCACGCCGACAGGACGCAAAACUGCGAUCUUGGAUAUCUCCUAAUCGGGAGCUUGGAUCGCUCAAGCUAGCUAUGCCUGGGGAGGCACCAACCCCAGCUCCCACCUUAUCUGUAUCGAGUCCACGGCGGAUUGGCUCAGAUUUCUCGGGACUACAACUACCGCUAGGAAUAGAAUCUCACAUGAUUCAAGAGCUAGUAAAGUUGAUUGAUAUCAAUAGUCAUGGAGUUUAUCCCUACGAGAUUUGCCUUGACGUUCACCCAGUGGAGAGGGGCUGGUUUCCAUAUAUGAUCAGCGACCUGUGCUGCCUUCAUUCAAUGAUGUUCUCGAUUCAGGCUUUUACCGAUGGGGGUUCGUAUAACCAGCUGAGUCGCCGUGCCUGUCUCCAUUAUGCCAAAACCCUUCAGCUUCUUCAGGCUCGUCUUAAUGAGAUUGAUCAGACAGUUGCGACAUCUGAUACUACGAUUAUGGUUGUGUUCUUUCUGGCCUCAGCUGCAGAGCUUAUGGAGGAUUAUGCUACAGUGGAAAAUCAUGUCAAAGGGUUAGAAAAAAUCGUUAACCUAAGAGGUGGAGUUCAGGCGCUGAAUACGCACAAUAAUAUGCAAGCCAAGGUCUGUCGCGCCGAUUUGUCGUAUGCCUUACUGUCUGGGAAACAACCACGUCUCUUCAGGGACGAAAUUCAAUGGAGCUGCUUCAUUGCGGAUCGCAACUUAACUCAAUGCAGCCACCAGCCACAUGAUAUUUAUGUACAUGCAUUUCUCGGGGCUACAGUGGACAAGAGAUUACAUAACGCCUUGAGAGACCUCCACGCUUUCUCUUGUAUCAGCAAUCUCGCAUACCAGACUACUCGAAAGCUCUCACCAGAAAUCUAUAAUGAGAUAAUGAUUUCCAUCCUCUAUCGACUCACAAACCUGUCAUUUGAGAGCGACCCAUUCCAGGAGGCGCUUCGAGUCGGCUUGCUAGCAGUUUCUUCGACCCUCUUUAUGCAGCGGCAAUUUAUGGAAAAUCCUUACGAUCACCUAUUGAAUCUGCACCGCAAUUCAUUAUGGAAACUGCGCGAAUCUACUGACAUUGGUAUUCCCGUACCUAUCGUGCUUUGGUUGACAAUGUUGCUACACGUGGUGGAGAAUAGGGAGCCUUCUUCUUCGCCGGACUGGCUUAGUGUUUGGCUUGACGAGGUUAUUUUUCGCGCUGGCAUUGAUUCAUGGCACCAAGCGCACGAGAUACUGCGAUCUAUGGUGUGGGUAAAUUUUGUCCAUGAAAGUUGCGGGAUGCUAGCCUUUGAAGCGGCUAUGCUUCGGCUGGAAAGAGGAGCGGGAUCUGAAGUCGAAAAAGCUUCUUCAUAACAGCAUGCUUAAUUUUAACUCCAUGCCUAGAUAGAAAUGUAGCAUAGCUAGUCGAAGUUUAGGCCCCAUCAAGAUUCUGCACAAUUCUAGUAUUUUCUCCAGAGCUGUGCGGUGGCCUGGGGUCCAGGCACAGCUGGGGCAUGCUGGCGGGUUCUUGCGGGUUGGGGAUAGGGGUAGGCUUCGCAGCAGCCAGCAGAGGCUAAUCCGCCAUUAAAAGGGACCAUUAACAACGAAAAACAUAUAUUUCAAAAAUAGCAAUGGG